UUUCAGGAUUGAGCAAGUGUAGGGUUGGUGCAGAAGCUGUGGCUUUUAAGCAGAGGACUGAUUAAAAAAUUUCCCAUAUGGGGGACUUCCACUUAUGGGAAGAGAUACUUUUUCUUAUUCUUCCUAAGUACAACUAAAAUCCAUGGACACUAUAUAGAAAACAAACAUAAGACUUGAAUAGGUGGAGAGAAGAAGGAAGGCUAGCUAGGGACCUUGGGAUCAAAGUAAUAGCAUGGUAGUGAGUUCCCUAAGUUUUGUUUUUUGUCUCGGAUUCCUAAACUUGGAGCUGAAGAAGUGAGCAACUUGGAAACACCAAUGGGUUCAGACAAAGGAGCCCCACCAAGAAACUAGUUUUUCUGGCCAAAAGACCAGGAAAUGGGCAACUCAACAAGACAGAAAACUUUUAGACAAUAGCUUCUGCAUUCUAGGCAAACACCAUAGAAAAAACUAUGGCCCUAUCCCAACUCCACCAGCGAAGACUGAGUAGAGAGCCUAGAUGUCUACUGUUACCAAGCUGUAAAGAAGUGUCCCAAAGCACCCCUCCACCAGGGUGGUGUCAGAGAAGGCUGAAUAAAGAGCAGAGACUCACCUCUGAGCCCUGUGGUAUCAGUGGAGACCCCUUGGGGAGUCUGGAUUUCUUCUCUGACUCAGUAGAUAAUGGGGCAACUUUCCACUUAACUUCUGGGGUGGCAUCAGAGGAGGCCUGGUGAAAUUUCAUGACUUUUAUUAUCUCACAGUGGUAAUAAGGCCACCUCCACUGCAGUGUCAGUGGAGACUAAAACAGAAAGGAAUUUUCCUGUUGUCUUCAUUGUAAGAACCUGGUGAGUUCCUGGAGAUAUGACUCAUGAAAGUGUGCCCCCACCCAACAAAAUAAAACAAAAUUGGGCCCUCAGGAGUUUUUAAAUAUUCUGCUAGUCCCUAUUCAUCAUCCAGGAAGACAUCAGUUACCAUGUAAGUGUUCUUACCAGUUGCUGGCUCUGGCAAUGGCUUCUGCUCCUAAGCUGGGAUUCUCUGUAUUCACCUCUCUCUUUAGUUUUGGGGGUGGCUGUUUGCCCUGUGACUUCAAUUUUCUGGUUGACUUAAGAGUUGUUGAUUCAGCUUUUAUUCAGCCACUUUAUUCAGCUUUUUACUUGUUGUGAGGAUGGGAAUGAUGACUCCCAAGCCCUUCACAUGUUUGUGCAGAAACCAGAAGUCCUGUGUUCACUUUUACCCAUUUUUUUUCUUUCUGUAUUGCAGUUUGGAUAAUCUCAACUAUCUUCAAGUUCACUGAUUCUUCUGUCAAUCCAAAUCUGCUAUGAAAGCCCUUCUAGUGAAUUUUUCAUUUCAGUUAUUGUAGUUUCCAAUGCCAUAAUUUCUAUUUGGUUCUUUUGAUAAUUUUUAUCUUUAUUGGUAUUUUUUAUGAUGAGACAUUAUUCUCAUAUUUUCCUUUAGUUUUUUGGACAUGGAUUCCUUUGAACAUGUUUAAAAGACUUUAAAAGUAUUUUCUAGUAGGGCCAAUGUCUGGGCUUCUUCCAGAAACAGUUUUUAUUUAUUGCUCCCCCACUCCUUUAUGGGCCAUACUUUCUUAUAGGCUUUUUUGAAAACUGGGCAUUUAAAAUAAUAUAACAUAGCAUCUCUGGGAAUCAGACUCUUAACUAAAACUUUUCUCUGAGGGAAACAAAGCCUGAAAAGGGGAGACUGAGUAUUCCAUGGCUUAAGAGAGUAUUUAGGCAUAUCUACUUCCAUUGGUGCUAAAAUAUGUCUGGAAGUGGAAUGGAAUUCAGAACUCCAUGAAAGAGAGCUGGUGUCCAGAGCAUUGAUGUCACACAGCCUGUGUCCUGAUUGGCACAGAAGUUGGAACUAGAUUGUGGAUAUCCAUUCUGCUAGCUCUGCUGGAAGACUGCUUCUAAAAGCAAGCUGUUCAACUUUGGAUAUUAAUCAUUAGAAUUUUCUUUCUCAAAUUAAAGGUUUGAGAAAUUCGUGAUAAGAUGUCCUGUUCCCUAAAGUUUACUUUGAUUGUAAUUUUUUUUUACUGUUGGCUUUCAUCCAGCCAUGAGGAGUUAGAAGGUGGUACAUCGAAGUCUUUUGACCUCCAUACAGUGAUUAUGCUUGUCAUCGCUGGUGGUAUCCUGGCGGCCUUGCUCCUGCUGAUAGUUGUCGUGCUCUGUCUUUACUUCAAAAUACACAACGCACUAAAAGCUGCAAAGGAACCUGAGGCUGUGGCUGUAAAAAAUCACAACCCAGACAAGGUGUGGUGGGCCAAGAACAGCCAGGCCAAAACCAUUGCCACGGAGUCUUGUCCUGCCCUGCAGUGCUGUGAAGGAUAUAGAAUGUGUGCCAGUUUUGAUUCCCUGCCACCUUGCUGUUGCGACAUAAAUGAGGGCCUCUGAGUUAGGAAAGGUGGGCACAAAAAUCUUCAUGAGCAAUACUUCUUAGUAGAUUGUUUUGUUAUUCAAAUCAAGUUCUAGUGUUUUUAUGUGAGAUUAUAUAAUUUACAGUGUUGUUUUAUAUACUUUUGAAUAAAUGUACACUAUUAAAAAUAA